CACAUGAGACCGGCCCAGCCAACGUUGAGUUUGCAUAACCCUAACCUAGAAGUGUCGUUUCUCCUUCGGCCGCCGCCGCCUGUUGUUCCCCUUCCCUGUUCAUCGUCCGUCUCCAACUGAUCCGCCCGGCGAUCGUCAGAUCCAUCUGAGAAAAUCCGCUCCAGUUAAAUCCAAUCCAGAUGGAGCUAGCUAGGAUGGAUCCACCCGGCGUCGAGCUCCCCAAGAGCUGCCUCCUCGCUAUCAAGCCUGUGGUCGCCGAUUCAACCAACGCCACCACCGCCACCCACCAGACGGAGCACCCGGAUGACUCUCGCGAGAUCUCCAUUCAGGUCAGCUUGUUCGUCCACCGCCCGCCUCUUAUCUCCUACGUCGUUGUCUGGUCCACCGACGCCCGUGUCACCGAGGAGCCCUUCAUCCACGGCACUCACGGCGGGCUCAUCCUCCUUAGCAUGGACAUAAGCAUGGAGGAAUGUCCGCUCCGCGAAUACUACAUCUACCAGCCCGGCUGCGGCCACGGCGGCGCUGGCACUCCGUCGCUCAAUCUGGUCCCGCAACUCAGGUGCUUGGUCGGCCAACCCUGUGCGGUCGGCCUCCUGUCACAUGGCGACGGCGGAGACUACUAUGUCGCGUUACUAACUAUGCAGAGGAAAGGAGAGUUUGAGCUCUCCCUCUUCUGCUCCAAGAUGGAAACUUGGACCGUCAAGAAGCCCGUCUUGUCACCGGAGGACCAAGCAGCCUUCUUACUGGAUGACGGAGGCUUUGAGCCGAACAAGGUUAUCGCCGUUGGUGCAGUGUCAUGGCAUUCGUUGACUUGUUUAAAGGCAUCCUAAUCGGCGAUGUCCUCGAAGGUAGCCCCCAGUUCCUCUACAUUCCGCUGCCAGCAACAACAGAGAUCAGUCAACCAUGGACCAAUUACCCCUUGUAUACUCGCGACGUUAGCAUCGACAUGUCGUCCGGCCACAUCCGCAUCAAGUUCAUUGAGCUGGUUUGUCCUUUGCACUUGCCGGCUUGGGCUGCUACCACAUGGAGUACUACCACUACAGCUACAAGUCCUUGGCUCCGACUCGAGGAGUGGGACACUCACACUAUUCUCGAGGCUAGACAACUUUCGGUGGGUGACGGUGUCAACACUGCUGGGCUGCUGCCUGAGGCUUUGCAGUCUGAGGGCAAACCAGAUUUUGGGCUUCUCUUCAUUAACUUGCCAAUGUUAAGCUUACACGAAGACAACAUCGUCUGCUUCUUAGCCAAGCAGCAUUACUUAAAUAAGCAAGCGUGGGUGAUUGCUGUCGACACGGUGACGAAGAAGCUGCUAGGAGUCCAUCCUUUUCAGAUGGGAAGAUUCACAACACUGUUCUACAGCACCAUCUCUAGCCAUCUCAAUAUAAGUGCUGCAGCUUCAGGUGCAAAGGGGGACCUGGAAUGGCUAGGAACGCACCGUGAACAGCAAGGCGGCGUGGGAGCUUAUGAUGCGGAUGACAAGGAGCUGGAACAUGUGAAGCCAUGUCUGAUUUAGUUUAACACUGAUGAAUGCCUACAUCGAUUUGCAUUGUGUUUGUCAAAGUUUGAUUGUGAGAGUUUUAUUAACAUAUUGGUGUGCACUGAUCCAGGAUUGUUGUUAUAUGGAAGAAAAACCACUGACAUUGUGUUUGUCCAUUUUUUAUGUAUUAAGAGGUUUCAGUACCCAUAUAGGAGUGCAUUAUUAGCUCGUA